UUGCCCUUUCUCCAAGUUUCUAGUCCUGCCUCGAUUCACGUUUUCCAUGUUCUUUCUUUAAUUUCCUUUUAUUUAUCUAAAUAAUCUAUAUUCAUGUUCGCUUGUUUAAAUUUUAAUAUUUUAUUUAUUUAUUUAUUAUCUCAUCAACCCAUCAGCGGUAAAUAAAUAAAAAAGUAAAAACCAAGUCAAAUAACUCACUGUUUUUCUUGUUCACUUCACUUCUCCCAACUCCUACUUGCUCUUCUUCCUCUCACUUUCUCUCUUCUUCUUCUUCAAACCCAUCUCUCUCUCUCUCUCAGUACACCCCAGUUCCCUAUAACUACACCUACCCAACAAAACCCAACUCUUCUUAUUCUCAAACACUUGAUUUUCAUUACGAGAGAAAAAAAAAAAAUGCUUCCUUUCCUGAGCUGGUCUGAUCAAAAUCACUACGCACACGACCCGUCGCUGGUCAACCUGAUGGACGGCGCAGAUUCCAUCCUGAGCCCAGCAGCCUCCAUGACCGAGACCUCCAGGUCAGCAGAAGCAUCCAAGAGCCACAAGGAAGCCGAGAGGAGACGCAGGCAGCGUAUCAACACCCACCUCUCCACCCUCCGCACUCUCCUCCCCAACACCACCCGGACGGACAAGGCGUCGUUGCUAGCGGAGGUGGUGCAGCACGUUCGGGAGCUGAGGAGGCAGGCUGGUGACCUUGCGCGACAGGACGGGGGCUCGUGCUGCGGUGGCAGCACCGGUUCGGAGCCCUGGCCGUUUCCGGGCGAGUCGGACGAGGCCACGGUGAGCUAUUGCGACGGCGAGGCGAGGCUUCUGAAGGCGACGCUGUGUUGCGAGGAUAGGCCGGGUCUGAACCGGGACUUGAUCCAGGCGAUCCGGUCCGUUCAGGCCAGGGCGAUCCGGGCCGAGAUGAUGACUGUUGGGGGGCGGACCAAGAAUGUGGUUGUGAUGCAAUGGGCCGGCGGUGGCGGGGAGGAGGAGGUUAGGGCUUUGAAGCGGGCUUUGAAGGCUGUGGUGGAGAAUCGGGCCUCAGGUUGUGGGCCGGGUCGGUUGGUUUUGGGGAAAAAGCGAGCUCGGGUUUAUGGGUCGGUUUAUGAGGAUGAGAAUGAAUAUUAAGGAAGUAGUGAGGGCAAAAAGGGAAACUCAUAUUUUGGGUUGGUGUACAGAAACCUGGAUCCUGGAUUACAUGGAAUAAAAUCAGUAGGAUUUUUUUGUUUUUUGUUUUUUGUUUUUGGAUUUAUAUAUAUGAGAUAUACUGAGAUCAGAUUUUUUUUUUUUUUCUUCUCUUUGAGGAAAAAAAGAAGCAGACUGAAACAAUCAAACAAUAACCUCUUAUGUUUAGUUUAAAUUUUUAAUUGUAAUAUAUGAUUAAUUUUUAAUUUUUAAUUUUUUUUUAUGAAUUCAAAUAAGAUUAUUGAUGU